UUACCCCCAAAACUCAACUAUGGACACUACAUUUCAAAGCAACAACACUCUUUUAACUUUGUUACACAAACAUGAGCACUUUCACAAAUCCUACAACAUUGUUCCAUCCAAAAAUCACCAUAACCAAAAACAAUCGCACACAAUGCAGGACAUUACCCAAAAUCCAAUCAAACUUAUCUAGUGAUGAAGAAAAAUUUUCCUGUAGGAGAAAUAUUGUCACAACAUUUCUUGCCACUUCAUUAGCAUUAGGCCUACAAUCCACACCAUUAGCAUUGGCUGAAAAUUGGGGCGUUCGAUCAUUUUUAAGGGAACAUUUCUUCGAGCCGGGGUUGUCCCCUGAAGAUGCAGUGGCACGAAUUCGUCAAACAGCAGAUGGACUACAUAGUAUUAAGGAAAUGUUGGAGACCAAUUCAUGGAGGUACGUCUUGUUUUACAUUCGUCUUAAAUCGGCUUAUCUUAAACAGGAUAUGAAGAAUGCCUUGUCCAGGGUGCCUGAAAGUCGCAAAGAGUCUUUUGUUAAAACUGCCAAUGAACUGACUGAUAACAUGGCUGAGUUUGAUUAUUACAUUCGAACUCCAAAGGUAUACGAAUCACGUGUAUUCUACGAGAAGACGCUGAAAUCAAUUGAUGAGUUGGUGGCAUUACUUGCAUAAUGUGAGAGUUUGCACAUCAAAUGUAAAGAGCCUAUUUCUCAAAGUGGUCAAGAAAUCUUGAAAUUAUAUACAGUAGCAGUUGAAAUAGUCUCAAUUUACGUUCAUUAGUUUGUUCAGAAAAGGACUUUCCUCAAUAAACAAAUUAGAGCUUAUGAUUACAUAGUUUUGAGAGUCAUUUCUGAGACAAUCUAUAUUGUAAAUAUCAGUUUCUGCUUAAUGAAACUAUGGAUUGUUAACUUGA